AUGGACCAGGUCAGGUCAGAAGGGGGCCGACCACCGAACCCCCAGACUCAGAUCAUUGUCCUGAGUCAGGCCCCCCUCGACUGGAAUGUUCCAGGGGCCCACUGUGAGGGUGCUGUGUGUCCUGCACCCCUCUUCUUGGAGGCCUCUGCGGUGGAAACCAUUAUGCCCACGUCGACUUUUGGGGCCACCCACGCCAGCGAGGGAGGCUGGCUUCCCAGCCUUCCAGCUCAAGCUCCACCACCAGCUGCCCAGCUGGCCCCCAUCGUGACCUCGAUGAACCCUGGGGCACGGCCACAUGGGGCUUCCAGGGAAGGUAGCCAGGGCACCUCCCGGCCCAAGGCCUCGCCAGAUGACUCCUGCAACCCCAAGAGUGUGUACGUGAACUUCCGACGUUGGCAGUGCUUCAAGGCCCUGGCCCGGGAGCACCUUCCCCAGAGUCCUGAUGUGGAAGCUCUUUCCUGCUUUCUCAUCCCAGAGCUGCGGUCCCUGUCCCGCCUGAAGCCCACCAUGGCGCUGGAGGAGGGAAUGUGGCGGGCCGUGCACGCGUGGCAGGGCAAAAGCAACUUUGACAGGAGGAUCUAUCACGAGAUGGCAGACAAGUUCAUGGAGUUCGAGGCGCAGGAGGAAAUGCGGUUUCAGAAGUUGCAGUUAAAGAAGGGGGCGCAGGGACAGCCUCCUCCAGCCCCACCAAGGCCUGAUCCUCGGGGGCCCCGAGCCCCAGUGGUGGGCCCACAGCCAGGUACGCCAGCAGGAUCCCCCAGGACCCCUGGCCAAAGCAACAGGGAGACGGAGUCACCCGAUGGGAUCCCCCCCGCGGCCGUGCAGGAGUACAUGGACCUCAUGGACGAGCUGCUGGGGCUGGGCCACUCAGCCGCAGGGGAGCCAGGUGGAGAAUGGGAGGAUGGAGGAAAGGACCUGCUGCCGGACAAGGGUCUCCUGAGCUACCUGGACCAGCUGUGCUGCCAGCAAGACUUCGUCGCCGAGGUGGAUGAGGUCAUUCACCUCGGAUUCGUAAAACAAUUGCUUUCCCCGGACACGCGGCAGGAUCCCCUGGCCCUAGCUGAGGAGUUGGAUCGGGAGGAAGGACUGACUCCUUCCCAGCUGCUAGAGAAGCGACUCCUGGCAUCGGAGGAGCAGGAGGAUGGGCAGGCACCCCCGAGUCACGGCGCUCCCCUGUUGGACCCAAGUCCUUCUGAGUCUGCAGCUGGCCAAGAUGCCCAGAGGCGUGACCAUGGCCCCCAGCUGGGGAUCAGUGACAAAGCCUGCCCACCAGACACUGACUUCAAGGACCGUCAAAGUCACUGCCGAGCAGAGGCCCACCUGUCCAGGCCCAAGGCGUUUGCUGUCUCUUCAGGAC